AAUUCCUUGAAUUCACAUUUCAAACUGGGACCUGAAUUCAAAUUCAGUGAUGCAUUAACCAUUCUCAGUCCGAUUCUGGAUGCUGCACAGUCUAAAUGGUUUUAGGUGUGUCUUCAAUGUAAUGUGGUGUAAUACGAGCAUCUUACUCCAGUCUCCAUCUGAGAUCGCGUCCCAUCUUUCUCAAGCUCUCCAUGUUUCUCGCGCAAAUCUCUGGCUGAGCUUCAAUGCAGUCAGUCCAUGAUUCUCAUUCUCGAGAGAGAGAGAGAGAGAGAGAGAGAGAGAGAGAGAGAGAGAGAGAAUCAGAAUCAGGACGCUGGAACUGAUCAGAGGAUCCAGAUUCUCGUGUGCGGGAUUAAAUGCGUGAUUUCUACCCUUGCAAGGACGUUUUUUCCAUCCUUUUGGGAAGCGCUGAAUAGUCCCUGUGUUUUCUGGAGGUUUUGCGCGCUGGCGUCUGUGUCCGCAUCUUUUACACGUUAGGACGGCUUUUAUUCCUGUUCUCACGGAGUUAAGGGGUUUUCCACCUUUUUCUUACAGAUUUAAAGGCGGCUCAAUCUGGCUGGAAUUAAAUCAGGAUUUACUUGUGUUUCUGAAACAUGGCAGGCACCGUCUCCGUCGACUCGAGGGCUGAAGAAGCCCAACAUCAGCAACGGAAGGAGCUUGUCUGAGGAUUAACAGAUCUGCAGUCGCACAUUUGUGAGGAUUACGCCUUUGCCAUGCUUUGUGUGAGAAUGAUCCUUCAGGUCGUCUCUGUGGUUUGGGGAGUUACUCUCGUCGUUUGUCAGCACGCACAGUUCACCACCGUCACCACAAACUACGGGAAGCUGCGUGGAUUGCGUGUGGCAUUGGCCAGUGAGAUCCUGGGCCCCGUGGAGCAGUAUCUGGGGGUCCCGUAUGCGAUGCCCCCGACUGGAGAGCGGCGCUUUCAGGCCCCGGAGCCGCCGGCGUCAUGGCCCGGCAUCAGGAACGCCACGCAGUUCGCUCCGGUGUGUCCGCAGUAUCUGGAGGACCGGCUGCUGCUCACAGAUAUGCUACCGGUGUGGUUUACUGCAAACCUGGACACGAUCGCGACUUACGUACAAGAGCAGAGUGAAGACUGUCUGUACCUCAACAUCUACGUGCCCACGGAGGAAGAUGCGCAUGAUGACACGGGCUUGAAGCCGGUCAUGGUUUACAUUCACGGCGGCUCGUAUGUCGAGGGAACGGGGAACAUGAUCGACGGCAGCAUCCUUGCCAGCUACGGCCACGUAAUCGUCGUCACCGUGAACUACCGGCUCGGAGUGCUAGGUUUCCUCAGCACUGGUGAUCAAGCAGCCAAAGGGAAUUACGGUCUGCUGGAUCAGAUCCAGGCUCUGCGCUGGGUGAAGGAGAACAUUCAGGCUUUUAACGGCGAUCCGGAGCGAGUGACCAUCUUCGGCUCUGGAGCAGGAGCCUCCUGCGUCAGUCUCCUGACCCUCUCACACUACUCUGAAGAUCUGUUUCAGAAAGCUAUCAUCCAGAGCGGGACGGCUCUCUCCAGCUGGGCCGUCAACUACCAGCCGGCCAAAUACACGCGCGCUUGGCGCGUGCUGGAAGGUGAGGUUGUGGAAGGAGGAAGGGUCGGUCUAGUUGAGUGCCUCCAAAAAAAAAACUACAAGGAGCUGAUCGAGCAGAACAUCACCCCCGCCAAAUACCACAUCGCCUUCGGACCUGUGAUCGAUGGAGACGUCAUUCCUGAUGACCCGCAGAUCCUCAUGGAACAGGGAGAGUUCCUCAACUAUGAUAUAAUGCUAGGAGUAAACCAGGGUGAAGGGUACAAGUUUGUAGACGGGAUCUUAGACAGCGAGGAUAGAAUAACAAGCAAUGACUUCGAGUUCGCCAUAUCAGAAUUUGUUGACCAUUUGUACGGCUAUCCAGAAGGAAAGGACACCCUGCGGGAAACCAUAAAGUUCAUGUACACAGACUGGGCUGAUAGGGAAAACCCGGAGAUGCGACGAAAAACACUGGUCGCACUUUUCACGGAUCACCAGUGGGUGGCGCCAGCUGUUGCAACGGCGGACCUGCAUGCGCAGUACGGAUCACCCACCUACUUUUACGCCUUUUAUCACCACUGCCAGAGCGACAUGAAGCCCGCCUGGGCCGAUUCGGCGCACGGAGACGAGCUUCCGUACGUAUUCGGUAUUCCCAUGAUCGGACCCACGGAUCUCUUCAACUGCAACUUCUCCAAGAACGACAUCAUGUUGAGUGCCGUGGUCAUGACGUACUGGACGAACUUCGCCAAAACUGGAGACCCGAAUCAGCCAGUUCCUCAAGACACAAAGUUCAUCCACACUAAACCAAACCGCUUUGAGGAGGUGGCCUGGUCUAAAUACAAUCCUAAAGACCAGCUUUACCUGCACAUCGGCCUGAAGCCUCGCGUCCGCGACCACUACAGAGCCACCAAGAUCGCCUUUUGGCUGGAGUUAGUUCCGCAUUUACACAACAUCAAUGAACUCUUCCAGUACGUUUCAUCGACGACCAAAAUCCCACCACAGGACACAACGCCGUUCUCCUACACCAAACGCCUGUCUAACAAACUCUUGCCAUCGACCACCCGCCAUCCGCCUGCUCCUCCGGCCAACACCAAACAGAUGUCGGAUCAGCAGAAGACACCCGAGCACGGUGAUGGGACGGUUAUCAUUGAAGUGCGAGAUUAUUCGACCGAGCUGAGCGUGACGAUCGCCGUUGGUGCGUCUCUGCUCUUCUUAAACAUCCUUGCGUUCGCAGCACUCUACUACAAGAAGGACAAACACCGCCUAGAGUCAAGUCGCAGGCACAGUCCGCCAAGAAAUCUUGUGAGCGAUAUCCCCCGUGUGCCGAGCGAAGAAUUUAUGUCCCUGCAGAUGAAGCAGCUCGGCCAUGAUCACGAUUGCGAUUCGCUGCAAGGCCACGAUAUGAUUCAGCUGACCUGUCCUCCGGAUUACACGCUAGCGUUGCGCCGUUCACCUGACGACAUGCCGCUGAUGACGCCGAACACCAUCACUAUGAUCCCUCGCUCUUUUGCCGACUUGCCGCCAUCAUAUCACAACCCGUUCAAUGCAUUCGGGAACAGCACUCCGAGCAGCACGGGCCUCCCACAUGGACACUCUACGACGAGAGUAUAACUUGCCACAAGUCGACGGACGAUUUAGAUGUGCACCCAGGUGCUCGAACACAAAUACUAAGGGUAACGCUGCACGGUUAAUCGAAAUUAAAUAGCAAAGGCGAUAAAUCGCGAUUAGUCAGAAGUUGGAAUUGUCAUGCGUAUCUUUCAGGGAAGCAUGGUUCUGUGAUCAGCUGUAAAUCCCCCUACGAAGGCCAGAGAAACUACAAAUAUGCCUCGCAGAAGAAACCCAGGAAAUGCCUAAAGCGGUUGACUAAUAAUUCAACGUGACUAAUAAACACACGACUUUGUCUUAUUAUCAUUUUUAUUAUAAUAAAGUAUAUAAUAAUGCAAUGCUAAUCGACAUAGCCUUUAUCACUGCUUAGAAUACUAUGAAUUAUGUUGCGUGCCUUAUUCUGUGUAAAAACCCACAUCACCUCACAGGGGGAUAUAUUUCAAACACUCGGUUGACGUUAUGAAGUGAGUUUGGAGUAAAACAUGUUAGUAAAUAUGGUAUUUUCAUGUGCUUUCAGAUGGAGCAGCAUUUACUACACAGAGCCAUAGUUCACUGAGAACCUACUGUACGCAAACAGUUUUCAUAAUCGCGUGAUUAAAUCGCGGUUAUGAACGUGAUUUUGCCUAGCUUGUCAGUGAACUAGGGCUCUAUUUAGUAAAUGCUGCUCCUUCUGAAAGCACGUGAUGAUGAUUUACUGUUAAUCACAGAACUGGCUUUACUGACAAGAUGCGCAUGACAAUCGCAUUUGAUUAAGCGUGCAGCCCUAACUGAGGGUGUUAUUUUGUUACAGACUCUUUUAUGAAUAAAUAACGUUACACUUAUUAACCUGCAUAAUGUGAUCAGUGAAUGUAAUCAUUUUCGCAUUCAUGAUGCAGAGACUGGAACUUUCAAAAAAUAUGAUUAUGUGAAAGAAGAAGUAUAAUUUGCAUCCUGAUUUCCUGGUUAAUGUGUGAGACGAUAAAUCACCUGGUAAACAAAAUUAUCUGGUAAACAAUUUUGCUGUAACUAGAUAUUCAUAAUUAUGUUGGGUGUAGAAAACCUGGCCAUUCAAAUCGAAAUGGCUUUAAUAGCUUGAAGUUUAACGAUGUUAUGACUGAAGUUUAAAAACUUUCAAAAAUGUGAUGGUUUUAAGGCCAUGCUGUCUGAGAUAGAUAGAUAGAUAGAUAGAUAGAUAGAUAGAUAGAUAGAUAGAUAGAUAGAUAGA